CAACAAAAAAAAAGAGAAAGAAAGAAAUUCUUAGCUUAAUUUGUUCCUGAGGUGCGUGUAAAUGGGAUUCCCGGUCGAGCACUCUGCUAUAAAAGGGCAGAGAAGUGGGGAGCAAGAGGGGAAAACUAAGAAGAUCAGCAAACCAUGUCUCUCUCCUUACAACUUCCCUUUGAGCUGGUUCUCUUGCUCUUCCUUCCCUUUCUGCUACUUCUAAGCUUCAAACAAGCCUUUUCUUUGUAUCAAAAAAAACAAGCCUUUACCAAGAAGUCCAGACUACCGCCAUCACCACCAAAGCUUCCUUUGAUAGGAAACCUCCACCAGGUGGGUCCUCUCCCUCAUCGCUCGCUCCGAGCUCUCGCAGAGAAGCAUGGACCGCUGAUGCUCCUCCAUCUCGGCCAGGUGCCCACCGUCGUGGUUUCAUCCGCUGAGAUGGCCCGGGAGAUCAUGAGAACUCACGAUCACGUCUUUGCCAGCCGGCCUUCUUUGAAGGCUGCUAAGAUUAUCCUUUUGGAGGACGUCGGUUUUGCACCAUACGGCGAGUACUGGAGGUUUGCGAGGAAGCUUUGCAUCAUCCACCUCCUCAGUAACAAAAAGGUGCACUCGUUUCGGCUCGCGAGGGAGGAAGAAGUAGCCUUCAUGAUCAGGACCAUUUCUCGAGCUUCUCUUUCACCCGAUCCUGUGGACGUAAGUGAGAUCCUGAAUACCUUCACAAAUGAUAUGCUCUGCAGAGUUGUUUCAGGGAAAUUCAGUAGAGAAGGCGGAAGGAACAAAUUGUUUCUCGAAUUGAUAAAGGAGAGUUCCAAACUGCUUGGAGGGUUUCAUUUGGAAGAGUACUUCCCGUCGCUGGCAUGGCUGGACGUGUUCUUCGGGAUGAGCGUGAGGGCCAGGAGAAAUGCCGAGAGAUGGAGUGGCGUUCUUGACGACGUGAUCAAGGAACACGCGGAUCAAGUGAAGGAUGAGGAGCAUGAGGAGGACUUUGUGGAUGCGCUGCUGUCUCUUCAGAAGGAUCCAGGUGUGGACUUGGCCCUCACAAACGAAAAUAUCAAGGGGCUCUUAAUUGAUAUGUUUGGUGCGGGAACCGAUACAUCUUACAUAGUCAUGGAAUGGGCCAUGGCAGAGCUUGUUCGAAACUCGCAGGCGAUGGAGAAGCUGCAGAAUGAGGUUCGUGGAAUAACCACAGGAAAAGGCUUGGUCAGAGAGGAGGAUUUGAGCGAGCUGAGCUACUUAAAAGCUGUGAUAAAGGAAGUUCUGCGGUUGCACCCUCCGGCUCCAUUGUUGCUUCCAAGAGAAUCCAUGGAUGAUUGCCACAUAGAGGGAUAUGAAAUUCCUGGGCGAACAAGAGUAAUUGUGAAUGGUUGGGCCAUUUGUAGGGAUCCAAAAUUUUGGGAGCAACCGGAGGAGUUCCGGCCCGAGAGAUUCAUGGGUCAUCAAGUUGAUUUCAAGGGGAAUGACUUCCAAUUCAUUCCAUUCGGGUCUGGUCGGAGGAUUUGCCCUGGCAUGAACUUUGCGGUCUCUACUGUGGAGCUUGCGCUCGCAAAUCUGAUACGCCGUUUUGACUGGGAGCUGCCUCACGGCAUGACGAGGGAGGACCUUGAUAUGACCGAAGCUCCUGGACUCACAACCCCAAGAAGACAAAGGCUUCAGCUAGUUGCAAAGCCAUGCGGCUGCUACGAGGACCUGUGAUUGACAGUCCGGUCCCACUAAGAAUAAGUGCUAGUUCUUGUAACAAUAAAUGAUAAUCACUGCCGUGGUUCUCAUAAUGCAAGCUUAUGGAAGUAGGAGGAUUGCCAUGAGCUUAUGGUCAUAUGUUUAAUCUCAUAUAUAAUAUAUGCCGGAUAGAUCUAA